GGACAGAACUACUUUUGAAAGUAAUGGAGCUGCUCGUGAAGGAGAGAAGCUGAUGCUAAACUAAUAAUAAUGUAUAAAACUUCCUGACAGAAAACUCUUAUUGUUAUAAACUUUAUUAGUCUCGCGUUACACUUCAGACACUGAUUAUAAUUUACACUGACUGUGUUCACUAAAGUGUGGAGCAAAAAUGGAGCCAGGGUUAGAAAUGUCUGCAAUGAUUCCUGCUCUACAGGAGCUAGUCAGUGCCACUUCAGAGGAGUAUGAUGGCGCUGUACAGAAGCCCAGACAGAUUCUGUGUCAGUUUAUUGACCGCAUCCUGACUGAUGUAGACGUUGUGGCAUUAGAACUGUGUAAGAAGAGCAGCUCCGAACCGGCCUGCGUCAUGCUCCUGGACUUCAUUCAGCACAUCAUUAAAUCCUCCUCACUGAUGUUUAUAAACCCUGCGUGUCAAACGGAGGCUUACAGAGACGUACAGAGCGACUCCUGCGAUUUCAGUAUGUGGAUCAUCACGCGUGUGUUGCGCAUUGCUGCGGCUCCGGAAUGCGGAAUUCUGCGGCCUAAAAUCGUCUCCGUUCUCUGUUCCUUGCUCCACCUUUUCCGAGCGAAAAGUCCGGUGGUGUUCGGAGUGUUGGUCAGAGAGCUGAUUGGUUUACUGCAGGAUCUCACACACACCAUCUGCAGGACGUCAGACACGCAGCGGGUGCAGUGGCCCAUGUCACCACAGCGUUUCUGCAUUAGUGCAUGUCACCGUGCUGCGUAUCUCACGCCGUCUGUCCUCCUGCUCGCUUCCCCUGUGGGGUCUCAGGCGCUGUUGUCCACCACGCUCGCUGUCCUCAUCGAUGUCCUGCAGGGCGUCUUCUUUUCCCGGGAAGUCGGCCGCAUUUGGGACGCAUCCUGUUUCGUCCUUGUGAACGGAGACCCAGAGUUGAAAGCUGUCUCCAUGGCGAUGCUGAGAUGCAUCGUGAAUCUGGGUGGACUUCCUGUAAACCACGAGGAGACGUUCUUCAUGGCGUAUCUGUCUCUCCUGGACUGGUUUGUUUUCUGUGAGGAAUCAGACGUGCGCACGUGUGCGUCAGAGUUCCAGGCGCUGACGCGCAGUGUGUUUGUCCUGGAGAAGAGCUCACACACGCGGUUUGGGCGCGCUAACCUCAGCCUGCUGAUGAACGCACUGCACUCACUCCUCCUCAGCGGGGCUGUGGACAGGAUGAAGGUGACGGAGGUGAGGACGACACUGUGUGAGGUGUUCCGCUUCAUACUGGAGUGUGUACCGCUCGGAUACGAGUCCGCAGCUUCGGUCAGAAAAGAGAGAGUGGCGAACGUCUGCAAAGCCAUGAUCACCAACAUCGGAGCUCAGACACACCAGGAAUAUGUGCAGGGUUACAUGUGUGUGGCACUAAAGGCUGAAGGCCUUGCAGCUCUACAGGAAGCACAGAACAGUGUGACCGAGUGUGUGGAGUCGAGUGGAUGUGACGAGGAGAUUCCAGCUAAACGGCUACACCUGUCUCCAUCCACGGCGUCAGGACGAACUCAGCUUGGUCAGGUACAGAUGAGGAGCAGGAGUGAGGUGUGGGCUGCAGUAGAAGAUCGGCUGGAGGUGUUGAUCACACAGCUGAAGACGUGUGAUGGAGCUGAACAGUGUGUGUGUGUUCUGGAGGGAUUAGUCACCAUCCUGCGUGUCACUGCCGUCUGCUCCAGUGAGUGUGUGUUGCACUCUGAAGAGAAACAGACACACACUCAGCUGGUGUGGUUGAAGCCCAGGACGUUGUCUCACCUGGUGGACGUGUGUCUCUCUGUCAUGGCUGAUGUCGUUGAUGAGGACAUGGAGCUGGUGGUGGACAGAACGGUCCGCGUCCUGGACGCCAUCAUCUACAUGACCAUUAACAGUCAGACUGACAGCACUUUGUUCCCGAGUGUGUGUGCGGUGUUGUCCAUUCCCUGGGUGAACACACACUCCUCUGUCUCGACCUAUCACAUGGCUUCGUUUCCUCCUAAUCUGAUUGGACUGUCGAAAAAACUCGCUCCUGCUUUCUCUGUGAAGGUUCGAGCUCGCUGCACGUUCCUCCUCUCUCUCCUUCCUCAGCAGAUGAGUGCAGACUGGCGUGUGACUGUGUAUCAGUGUGCACUACAGAGUGAGAAUGAGACGGAGCACCUCAGUGCAGUGAGAGGACUUCCUCUGCUCAUCCAUCAGCUUGGAACUAAACCAUACAACCUCCUGAACACCACACUCAAGUCUAGACUGCAGGUCUUUUCCCCAUGUGUCAGGACAGCGAUGGCGUCUCUGGGGUCUCAGUUACUGUGUUGUCUGAGUGGAUCUUCUCAGCUCUGUUUGCUCCCUGACGAUUUGUGUUCUCCCUCAGAGUUCCUCUGUUCUCGUGUCACUCUGUCUGACUCUCACCCCGUCCGUCUGUCCUCUGCCGGGGCGUCUGUCCUAACGCCGUUCCUCACCCUGCUCAGACCCAGUGAGGAGCCCGAGGUCAAACGAGCAUUUAUAGAGAGCAUCAGCCACGUGUGUAAGCACAUAGAUGUGAGCAGCACUGACUCUGACACCAAGUCGCUCCUCAUGGCCCUGGUUACUCUGAUCGAGGAUCCACAUCAGGACGUUCGAUUGUCCUUCAGCCGGAACAUCAGGAGUCUGCUGGGGCACUGGAAGGGGGACGCUUUCCUCAAAGAACUGCUUGUGUCUCGGCUGAAGGAGGCUUUUACAAAUGCGAAGACUUCCAGAAACAAUGAACUGAAACACACACUUAUUCUCACAACAGGGGAGAUUGGCAGGGCGGCUGAAGGCAGUCUGGUCUCCUUCUCUCUUCUCCGUCUGCUCCACUGUUUACUCUCUAAAUCGUCUCAGGUGUCUGUUGUGGCUCACACAGAGAUUCAGGCUCUGGCUUCAGUCAGGAACCUCAAACUGCAGAGCUUCUUUAAUCAGUACAGGAACCCUGUGUGUCAGUUCCUGGUGGAGGCGUUACACUCCCGCCACAUGAUGGCACUACGCUGUACCCCUGACCAGAGUAGUGAGGCUCUACAGGAGGAGGCGGCGCACCAGAGAGAACUCGCCCUGGACAUCCUCUCACAUGUAGCUCACGCCUUCGACUUCCCCGACCUCAACCGCUUCCUUAAUCGCACACUGCAGGUUCUUCUCCCAUACCUGGCAGCGAAAGCGAGCUCCACAGCCUCAGCCCUGAUCCGCACCAUUGCUAAGCAGCUGAAUGUGAACCGCAGAGAAAUCCUUAUAAACAACUUUAAGUACAUCUUCUCCCAUCUGGUGUGUUCCUGCACCAAGGACGAGCUGGAGAGAGCUUUACAUUAUCUGAAGAGUGAGACAGAGAUUGAGUUGGGCAGUUUACUGAGACAGGACUUUCAGGGUCUCCACAAUGAACUGUUGCUGCGUCUGGGAGAAAAUUACCAGCAGGUCUUUAAUGGACUUUCCAUCCUCGCCUCGUUCGCCUCCGGUGAAGAUCCGUAUCAGGGGCCAAGAGACAUCACCUGUCCUGAGAUAAUGGCUGAUUAUCUGCAGCCGAAGCUCCUGGGCAUCCUGGCGUUCUUCAACAUGCAGCUGCUGAGCUCCAGUGCUGGCGAGAAGGAGAAGAAGAACAUGGCUCUGAACAGUUUAAUGGCUCUGAUGAAGCUGAUGGGUUCCAGACACAUCAGUUCAGUGAGGGUGAAGAUGAUGACGACUCUCAGGACCGCUCUGAGAUAUAAAGAGGAUUUCCCACAGCUCUGCUGCCGGACGUGGGAUCGUUUCGUCCGGACUCUGGACCCUUCGUAUUUGGGGCCAUUAUUGAGUCACGUGAUCGUCGCUCUCCUGCCGCUCAUCUCCAUCCAGCCCAAAGAGACGGCAGUGAUCAUGCACUACCUCAUUGUAGAGAACAGACAGGAAGUGGAGGACUUUCUGCAUGAGAUCUACUUCCUUCCAGACCACCCUGAGCUGAAGGACAUCCAUAAGGUUCUACAGGACUACAGGAAGCAAACAUCCAAGAGCUCUGAUCUCCAGGCGGCGCUGCAGCUCUCCAUGCGUGCAGUUCAGCACGAAAACGUUGAUGUGCGCAUCCACGCCCUCACCAGCCUGAAGGAGAUGUUGUACAAGAACCAGGCAGCAGUGUUGCGCUUGAUAUUGGACAGUGAGUUGGUGGAACCGGUUCUGUCAGAGCUGGUGACGGUUCUGUUGUUGGGGUGUCAGGAUGUGAACGCUGAGGCACGGCUGCUGUGCGGCGAGUGUUUGGGGGAACUGGGGGCAAUAGACCCAGGACGCCUCAACCUGAACACCACACACACACAGCGCAGCGGGGCCAGCUUCACUAGUGGGAUCGAUGAUCCGGACUUUGCUUUCGGGUUGUUGACCGAAUUGACCAGAACGUUUCUGGCGUAUGCCGACAAUGUGCGAGCUCAGGACGCUGCGGCCUACGGCAUGCAGGAACUGCUGUCUAUAUUUGAGUGUCGUGAGGGAAGGACUGACUCCCCUGGUCGCAGGCUGUGGAGAAGAUUUCCAGAACAAGUUCAGGAGAUUCUAGAGCCACAUCUGAACAGCAGGUAUAAAAGCUCCCAGAAGCUGGUGAACUGGUCCAGACUGACCAAGCCCAUCUACCUGAGUGACCGAGGGAGUAAGUUCUCCGACUGGUCUGCUACGUGGGCUGGAUAUCUCAUCAGCAAGGUGCGACACGAUCUUGCGAGUAAAGUGUUUAGCUGCUGCAGCUUCAUCAUUAAGCACGAUUACAGAGUGACCCUGUACCUGCUGCCCCACAUCCUGCUGUAUGUGCUGCUGAGCUCCACCCCUGAGGAACAGCAGGAGGUGGUGUUAGAGAUCAUGGCCGUGCUGAAGGAGGAUGAGCCGCGGCUGCAAGAGAACGCCUCGAGUCUGGCUCAGCUGAGCACUCAGACUGUCUUCUCCAUGUUGGACCAUCUGACCCAGUGGGGGCGCUACAGGCUCCAAACACUCAGCACAGCUAAGAGCUCUAGCCGACAGAACCGAGACACGCACAACCUUCAUGCCAGCGAGAACAGUGAAUAUCAGUGUGUGGUCUCCUUUCUGAACCGGAUUCCUCAGGAUGUUCUUGCUAAAGCAUCGUUCCGUUCUAAAGCGUACACACGAGCUGUUAUGCACUUUGAGGCCUUCAUCAGGGAGAAACAACAGAACAUUCAGGAUCACCUGAGUUUCCUGCAGGCCCUGUAUGCAGCCAUGCAUGAGCCGGAUGGUGUGAGAGGAGUGAAUGCUCUGAGAACAGAGGAACCUUCACUGAGAGAACAGAUUCUGGAACAUGAGAGCAUCGGCCUGCUGAGGGAGUCUACAGCCUGCUACGACAGAGCCAUACAGUUAGAACCUGACCAGAUUGUACAUUAUCAUGGUGUGAUGAGCUCCAUGCUGGGACUCGGGCAGCUCUCCACAGUGAUGACGCAGGUUAAUGGGGUUCUGGCGAACAGACCACGCUGGAAGUCUGACCUGAACACCUAUCGUGUGGAGGCGGCGUGGAAGCUCUCAAAGUGGGAUUUAGUGCAGGAUUAUUUGGCCUCAGAUGAGAAAUCCAACACAUGGGGUGUGAGACUGGGACAGAUGUUGCUCUCGGCUAAGAAACACGACUUGGAGCAUUUUCAUGAGAAGCUGAAGGUGGCACGGAGGGAGCAGGUGGUUCCUCUUUCAGCUGCCAGCUUCGAGUGUGGAACCUACCAAAGAGGAUACGAGUACAUCGUCAGACUUCACAUGCUCAGUGAGUUAGAACAUGCGUUCACUGAGCUGCAGAAGGAAAGUGAAGGGUCCAAGGCGAGAGAGCUGAUGCUGAAUUGGGACGAUCGCCUGAUAAUGACCCAGAAUUCCUUCAGAGCCAAAGAGCCAAUCCUGGCUCUCCGUCGGGCACUUCUGAGCCUCAGCAAGGGGUGUGUGUGUGAGGAGCAGGUGGGUCAGUGUUGGCUGCAGAGUGCGAGGGUCGCCCGUCGAGCCGGUCAUCACCAGACGGCUUUUAAUGCCCUACUGAAUGCAGAAAACUCUCGCCUGUCUGAACUGUUUGUGGAGAAAGCCAAGUGGCUCUGGUCCAAGGGUGAUGUGCAUCAGGCUCUCAUUGUGCUACAGAAGGGAGUAAAACAGUGUUUCCCUGAAGACCAUCAUCUCUCAGACCCUAAGAGGAUCCAGAUUAAAGGAGAAGCUCUUCUGCUGGUGGGUCGCUACAUGGAGGAGACGGCGAACUCCGAGAGCAACGCCAUCAUGAAGAUCUACAAGGAAGUCACUACGCUGUUACCUGAGUGGGAAGAUGGGAAUUUUUACUUGGCUAAGUAUUAUGACAAACUGAUGCCGAUGGUGACGGACAAUAAAAUGGAGAAGCAGGGCAACGUCAUCCGCUACAUCGUCACUUAUUUCGGAAAAGCUCUACAGUUUGGGAACCAGUACAUUUACCAGGCGAUGCCUCGGAUGCUCACGCUGUGGCUCGACUUUGGUGCCAAGGUUUACGAAGUGGAAAAAGUGGGCCGUCCUGAUCGCGCUCAGAUGAAGGCGGAUCUGAGUAAAAUAAACAGUGUGAUCAGCGAGCACACACUCCAUCUCUCUCCCUAUCAGUUCCUCACUGCGUUCUCACAGCUCAUCUCUCGGAUCUGUCACUCCAACGACGAGGUGUUCGCCGUGCUCAUGGACAUCAUCGCUAAAGUUUUCCUGGCUUAUCCGCAGCAGGCCAUGUGGAUGAUGACCGCGGUGUCGAAGUCGUCUUAUCCGACUCGGAUGAACAGAUGUAAGGAGAUUUUAAAGAAAGCCGUCAGUCUGAACGGUUCCUUUGGGAAAUUUAUUGGAGAUGCGAACAGACUGACCGACAAACUGGUGGAGCUCUGCAACAAACCGGUGGAUGGGAACAGCUCCACUCUCAGUAUCAGUGUGCACUUUAAGAUGUUGAAGCGUUUGGUCGAGGAGCCGAGUUUCAGUGAGAUCCUCAUCCCGCUGCAGUCGGUCCUCAUCCCCACACUGCCCUCCACCGGCGGUGCCAACACCAGCCAUGACGCCUUCCCCGGACACUGGGUUUACUUAUCUGCGUUCGACGAUGCCGUGGAAAUUUUGGCAUCGCUUCAGAAACCGAAGAAAAUCUCACUCAAAGGUUCAGAUGGAAAAUGUUACACGAUGAUGUGCAAACCUAAAGAUGACCUGAGGAAAGACUGCAGACUGAUGGAGUUCAACUGCCUCAUUAAUAAAUGUCUGAGGAAAGACGCCGAGUCCAGACGCAGGGACUUACACAUUCGGACGUACGCCGUGAUUCCGUUAAACGAAGAGUGUGGCAUCGUGGAGUGGGUGAACAACACGGCCGGACUUCGCCACAUCCUCACCAAACUGUACAAGGAGAAAGGGAUUUAUCUGACGGGGAAAGAGCUGCGGAAAAUGAUUUUACCCCAAACGGCAUCAUUUCAGGAGAAGCUGCAUCUACACAAGGACGUUCUUUGUGCUCGUCACCCGCCUGUGUUUCACGAGUGGUUUCGGAGAACGUUCCCUGAUCCAACUUCCUGGUACAACAGCAGGUCUGCAUACUGCCGCUCCACAGCAGUCAUGUCCAUGGUGGGUUACAUCCUGGGUCUGGGAGAUCGUCACGGGGAAAACAUCCUGUUCGACUCCCAAACCGGAGAGUGUGUUCACGUUGACUUCAACUGUCUCUUCAACAAGGGAGAGACGUUCGACGUUCCUGAGGUCGUACCGUUCCGGCUCACGCAGAACAUGGUGCACGCCAUGGGGCCGAUGGGAACCGAGGGGCUUUUCAGACAAGCCUGUGAGGUCACGCUGAGACUCAUGAGGGACCAGAGAGAGUCGCUCAUGAGUGUGUUGAAGACGUUCCUCCACGACCCUUUAGUGGAAUGGAGUAAACCUGUGAAGGGUUCCUCAAAAACACAGGCCAACGAGUCCGGAGAAAUUGUCAAUGAGAAGGCUAAAACCCACGUGCUGGACAUUGAUCAGCGUCUCCAGGGUGUGAUAAAGAACAGGAACAAAGUGAUGGGACUUCCGCUGUCCAUAGAAGGUCAUGUUCACUACCUCAUUCAGGAGGCCACAGACGAUAACCUGCUGUGUCUCAUGUACCUGGGCUGGGGUCCGUACCUCUGACUCGCCGUCCGAUUGUCUGACACUCAUUUAGUUUCUUGAUCAUUUUUACUGCUGCAUUUUCUUGUUUUGGCUUUUUUUCCCCUCAUUUUUCUCUCUUUGUAAAAAUGUUGACUUGUAUAAGAAAAAAAAAAUUUUUUCUAGGCUAAAAAUACUUUCAAUGUGAACUAGCUUCAACACCUACAUGUGUAAUACAACACCCUGCUGGUAGUGUAAAUGGAAAGGGAGGAGUGAAAGGAAGGAGUGAAAGGAAGGAGUGAAAGGAAGGAGUGAAAGGAAGUGCAAAUCGAACAUUUCACACGUAAUUAUUCACAUGACCAGGAAUAUUUACACUAUAAUUCAUUAAACUGUAACAUGAGAGAACAUUUCGCUAUGAACUUCUUGGUCUAAAGCUGUGUGUGAUGUCACUGUAGAUGUCACUGUUCUUCAGUGUUCUGUGUUUAUUUACUGGUCAAAAUAAAUGUAAAUAAUUUAGUA